GCGGGAGGCUUGCAGGCGCUGUUACGUUCGAGACCUUCCACCAUCUUCACGCAGGUUCUACCGAUGAAAACAUCAGAGCCGGAGCCGCCUGUUCGCCUGUUGCCGCCCGCCUCUCCGGGCCCGAGAACGGGCGUUCGGCGCGACUGCUCCCCGGGCGCGCCACCGAUGCGGGAAGUACCGCCCUUCUUGAGCGGAAGCCAAUAGGAAGCAGCCGGGGCGGGGGCAGCAGCCAAUCAGCGGCGCGGACGCUGCGCUCAAUGGGAGCGCUGCGCGCUCGGAUGCCGUCAGUGGGGGCGCGGUACGGGAACACGUGUUCGGGACCGGCCCCGGAUCGAACCGAACGGCCGAACCGGGGCCAUGGAGCUGCUGCCCCGCAGCCCCGGGGAGUUCGGCUCCGCGCGGUAUUGGGACCGGUUCUUCCGACAGCGCGGGCAGCGGCCCUUCGAGUGGUACGGGGCGUUCCCGGAGCUGUGCCCUGUGCUGCUUAAGUACGUGCGGCCCCGCGACAAGGUUCUUGUGGUCGGCUGUGGGAACUCGGAGCUGAGCGAGCAGAUGUAUGACACAGGGAUGUGUGAGGACAUUGUGAACAUUGACAUCAGUGACGCCGUGAUCCGUCAGAUGCAGGAGCGGAGCACGAGCAAGAGGCCAAAGAUGAGCUACCUGCAGAUGGACAUGCUUCACAUGGACUUCCCGGAUGCCCACUUCCAAGUAGCCCUCGACAAAGGCACGCUGGAUGCCAUACUCACCGAUGAUGAGGAGGUCACUCUGGCUAAGGUGGACAGGAUGUUUGCUGAGAUCAGCCGGGUCCUGCAGGUGGGAGGGCGCUACCUCUGCGUCUCCUUGGCUCAAGCCCAUGUGCUGAAGAAAGCAGUGGAAUACUUCUCCCAGGAGGGCUGGGUAGUGCGUGUUCAUGAAGUGGCCACCAGCGGGGACAAGCAGCAGUUUGUCCUGCCGGUCUUUGUCUACGUCAUGACAAAGUUCAGGAAGAUCCCUGGCUCUGCACUGCAGAUCCUGGAGAUCUGCUCCGAGGAGCAGGACAAGCCACUGCGAUUGGAGAGCGCAGAGCGGCUGGUGGAGGCGGUGAAAGACAGGCAGCACUACGCCCUGCUCUGCAGCCAGGUCAGCAAAGCCCCCUGUGGGGAGCAGCUUUCCCUGGAUCUGUGCGAUAAAACCAGUGGGAGGCCCCGCUACACACUGCAUGUAGUCGACAGCCCUGCGGUGAAACUUUCCCGUGACAAUCGCUUCGCCAUCUUCAUCAUCCCGCAGGGCAGAGAAACCGAGUGGCUCUUUGGAACGGAGGAAGGGCGGAGGCAGCUGGCUGCCAGCGCGGGCUUUGGGCGCCUGGUCACCGUGGCCCUGCACAGGGAGCAGCACUACGAGGGCAUGGCCAGCAUCCAGGCAGAGCUGUCGGGGAAGGUGAUGGAGCUGGCCCCGCCAGGCCUCCCUGCCCGGCAACAGGUGCCCUUCCUGUCCGUGGGAGGGGACAUUGGGGUGCGGAAAGUAUGGCACUGUGGCACCAGCCCCCUGAGUGGGGAGUUUGUCGUGGAGGACGUCAAGGGGAACGAUGCAUGCUACUUCCGUCGCCUCGUCUUCCUCAGCAACAGGAACGUGGUGCAGUCGGAGGCCCGGCUCCUGGCCCCUGCACCUCCCCCAGGCCAGAAGAAACGGAAGAAAGACAAGAAGAAGCCUUGCCCUGCGGAGCCUCCUAUGGCAAUUGACAAGAGCUACCUGUGCUGUGAGCACCACAAGGCCAUGGUGGCAGGGCUCUGCCUACUGGGCAGCUCUGACCCCCUGCCAGGAGCCCCAGUUGCAGUGCUGGUGGUGGGACUUGGUGGCGGCAGCCUGCCCCUCUUCGUCCAUGACUACUUCCCGCAGGCCUGUGUGGCUGUAGUGGAGAUCGACCCCUCCAUGCUGGAGGUGGCCACGCACUGGUUUGGCUUCUCCCAGGAUGACCGGAUGCAGGUGCACAUUGCUGAUGGCCUGGACCACGUGGCCAAGCUUGCAGCUGAAGCCCCAGCUCAGUAUGAUGCCAUCAUGUUUGAUGUGGACAGUAAAGACCUCACAUUGGGAAUGAGCUGUCCACCUCUGGCAUUCGUGGAGAAGCCCUUCCUGGAGAAAGUUAAAACCAUUCUCAAGCCAGAAGGGGUCUUUGUGCUCAACCUGGUGUGCCGUGAUGCUCGGCUGAAGGAGUCUGUCCUGGCCACCCUCAGGGAAGUUUUCCCCCUGCUCUAUGCACGCCGCAUCGAUGAGGAGGUCAAUGAGAUCUUGUUCUGCCAGCCGAACCCCAAGAGCCGGCGGGACCCUGUGGAGCUCACAGUGCUUGCCCAGGCACUGGAGGGGUCAAUGCAGCAGUUGGGGCACUCUUGGGACAGUUCGUAUGCGCUGGCAGACAUGCUGCAGGCCAUCACCAUCCUCUGAGAGGUGCCCUGAUGCCACUUGAGCAAAAGGAGUGCCUGCAUGGUGCUGCAGCUGGGACAUUGUUGACCCUGCAGGGAGCCAGUGCUGGCCUGGUGCCUGCCUGAAGGAUGCAGCUGGCAUGGAAGAGGGCUUCCUAUAGCAGGAGGGAGCCCGGCGUGCCUCCUGGAGUGCUGAGGCUCUAUCUACUCUUUGCAUAAAGCAGAGCUGGGAGAGCAGGGAGCUGCACUGCCCACAGGACAGUGUUGGGGUGGCGAGGGGAAGAAGGUGCUCCAGGGUUGGCAGGGCUGUGUGUUUGCAUCUAUCCCCACUGCUUUCCUGUUGUGGUUAAAUGUCACUCUGACCAUCCUCUUCCCUUCCAGCUCUGCUUCUUUCCCAUAUUCUUCCACACCUCCAGGAGCUCUGCUUGUUGGCAUCUCUGCAAACUCCCAGCUCUGCCCCGAGGCUGGUAGCAGAUGUGUAUAGAUGGGCUGAGUGCUGUGAGAAUAAAGCUCAGGACCGCUCUUGAGGUUCACAGUGCUCCACCAGGUUUAUUUCUUGCUAGCAGUGAUGGGACACUGCACUCCAUUUGGUGGGUGAUGCCCCUGCUGCUCUGGGGCAUGCCAGGUCCUGCCAGGCUGUGCAGGGAGUUGCUUAGAUCCCAUGUCCGUUGCUCUUUGCAUUAUUCUCCUUCACGUAGCAGGACAAGUCAGUGCCCCACUUUCUCCUUUGGCUGGCCUGCUUCUGUGCAGAUGCUUUUUUUUUUUCUUUUCUUUUUUUUUUUUUUUUGCAAAGUGCUUUUGAUCCUCCCCAGGCACUCAGAAUGCUCAUGAGUGUCAGCGCUCAGAUUUGGGCUGGCCGGCUCGCUGCUGCAGACAGAUAAGCUGUGACAGCUCUGUGCUGCUUUGUGCUCUGCCCGGGGCUGCACGCAGUCGCCGGUCACUGGCAGGGGCAAGGCUGGAACACAGCUUGUGCAGCAGUCUGUCCACCCUGCGCUGUUCUCUUCUAAAUCUCUUUAGUCAUUAGCACUUUUUUUUUUUUGAAGGAUGUCUAUUAUCCAUCCAGCUCAGCGACAACAAAUUUCUCAACUCUUAUCAGCAGUGCUGCAUUCAAUCUAUUUUUAACUCUGUUUCCAAUCCUCAACAUAAUUCCAAUGACACAGAUUAGCGUGCAUGCCCUUUAUUUUAUCUAAACCAUUUCAUUUCUUCCCCGGCAGCUCGCACAAAGCGUGCGUUCAUCCCUCCUUUGUCCAGUUCUGCAUUUCUGCUGCGUUUCCUAAUUGCUGUGUAAUGCCACAUCCUGUUGGAAAAACAAAAGGCAUCUAUUGGGAAGAAAGUGGCGAUGAGACCUCAGUCCGUUGCAGCUGUCCUUGCAGUCACUGACAGCCCUGCAGUGUUGGUCAAGAAAUAUAUUUCAGUUAGAAAACCAGCAAAUAUCUAAUGAGUGCUGCAGUUACCUGAAAUUCUCAGUAGGUGAAAGCGGAAUAAUUGAUCAGUAGAAAUUCUUUCUCAGGGCAGCAAAAAGGGGGUAGAUAACGUAUAUUUUUGGCAGCUGUUUUGCUGAGUGUUUUGGCAGUAUACUAUGUUUGCAUCCUUUACUCUUCACUUCCUUCCUUUACAGCAUGGGCAUAUUGUAAACAGGGGAGCUAGAAGCAAGCGCUUCUGUCACUUAGCAACUCUGAUGGUCUUGGAGAUGCUGACAUCUUUCCUUUCUUGAUUUCCCAGCACAAAAAGAAAGCACUGUGUAAACUGGGGCAUGGCUCAGCCCUGAGUCUGCAGCCAGCCCCAGCUACUGGGGGCUCAUCCUGAGCUGAUUUCCUCCAGAACUAUGUACAGCAAGCUCUGCUGGCUGAGGAUGCAGGAGGUGUGCUGUUGAGCUGCAGCGAGGGGCUGCUGCUGCUUCCCAGGUGCCCUCAGUGGGAGGCUGCAGGGAAACCUCUCUGCCGACUGCAGUGCAGCACAGCCUUUCUUGUACUUUCAGUCUCUUUUGCAGCGUGAGGGUCUUCUUUCUAAGCUGUCUUCGCUGGCAGAUGCACCAUGUGAUGCUGGCUGGCAUGGUAAUGCCAGUGCUGCAAACCUGCAGAGCCAGGCAGUAGUGGAAACCUGGGAGCUCCCCUUGCAGCACAGGCGCCAACCCCACGCCUCCUGCUUCAUGCAGAUCAGCUGUAUGAAAAGCUCCGUAAGACCUUGGGUUUGGAGCUGAGUCAAGGAGAGUGUGAGGAAGGUCCCUGGAGAGAUGGGAAAAUCAUGCAUGAAGGAGCGUGCCUCUUCUGAAUGUGGCCCGGGGGAGGAUGCAACCUUGGCUGCGCUCUGCUGGCGGGGGGAGUGUGCCUGGCUGCUCAUUGCAGGCAUCUGCGUCUCCUCUGUGGCAGCUCCUAUAUAACCCUGUUCUCUGUGAAGAGAAUUGUGCUGGCGUGCAUUUAUAAAGCAGCCUGGGGACCUGAACUGAAAGUCCCAUUUUAACGUCACGCUGCCUGGUUUGGAAGAGCUGUUAGUGGGUAAGAAACAGCGACAGCUGUGCUCUGAAACCAGGCUUUUCUUCCCAUUUAUUUUGCUAUAAGCUAGGGCAGGAUAUACUUGCUAUCCAUAGACUUGAUCUGAAAUGCACUGGAGGCUCCUGCCAGCUCUGUGAACCUGGGGACCUGAGCAGGUAGUGCUGGAGCCGGUGACAUCUAGAGGUGCCACCUCCCUUCCCACCAUGCUGGGAGAGCUGGGGCCAUGAAGGUCUCAUCUCCUUCCUGAGCACAAUGUAUGACAAAAGGAAGUAAGAACCAGCGUGGGGCACUGAAGCCUUGUGCUCCUCAGAAAAACAGAGACCUGGAGGUGCCUUCUCUUUCCUUUGCUGGCAUCUUGAGCUGUUAGAAAACGUGUAUCCUUGGCAUAGCAUGUGCAUACAUCAUGCAAAUGUUUGUGCUUUUGCGAGGAAGUGGGAAAGUUACAUUCUGACUGCCUCUGUUCUGGGAGAGGGCAGAUUUUUCUAAGUGAUGGAAUCACAGGGUAAGCAUGGUCAGCUUAGCCAGAAACAGUGGAAACUUCACGGACUUCAGGGAAUAAUUUAAUCUUUUUCUAGUAAUUGAUGUUUUCUCAUUUAUUUUUAACAAGAGGAAGGAAACAAAGACAUAAAAGCUACUGGAAAGGACAGGUCCCCAGGUUACCAGUUUCAGGGUAGCACAGCGUUGCCCCCAGGGAUCCUGCCAUAUCCAGUGCUUGUUUCUCUUGCACUGAGGGGGGCCUGGUGCCAGGCUGCUCCUUUCCUGACAGUAAUGAUUUCAGAAGUGAUGGGAAACGUGCCUACACUUGUGCUGGGAGGGUUUUGCCAAAAUGUGAUGCUGUUGUUCCUGACUCCCAGUAAGAACCCAUUGGCUGGAAGAAGGCCAAAAAGCUCUUCUGUUGCCUCCUGGCACAGGCUGCUCAGGCGGGAGCGUGAAAAAAAAAUUCAUGCUGUUAAUUGGCAUAAUUAUGCCAAUAACCCCAGGCUCCAUCUAGAUAGAAAGGAACACAAGGCUUUUCCCAGAAGGGCAGAGACAGAGUAAUAAUACCUCCUUAGCCUGAGAUAAACACAAUUCUUCCUCCUUCGAUACCAGGCAGCACCUUCCCUUGCCAUGAGGACAAGUUCAGCUCUUACCUUACCCUUUGCAUGGAGACAGGCUUCAUGAUGAGCUGAGGUCUUCAUGAAGCUGAGGGGUUGUGUCCAUGCUGGCAGUGUGCCCUCAGCCCCAGCUGUAUGCAAGGAUGGCUCCAGGCCUUGUGCUGGGCUCAGCUCCUUCUGUGACUCCGUCCAUAGCUGUCUGUCUGUACCCCCGGCUAGAAGCAGGCCCACUGAAGGGAUUCACUUCUUAUGCUCACUGUGAGGUCCAGCCAAGAUGUUUUGAUCGCACUCCAGACCGUCAGCGCCUGUCAGCGCUUGGAUGCUUGCAGCUCCUCGUUGUUUUGCUAUUCGUGCUGAGCAAGCCCGUGUCUGGCUUAGCACAGAGGAUCGCUUCCAUCACUGCAGGGCUCUGCAGCCUUGUCUGGAACGUCUCUGUGUUGUGACGGCUGCCAGUCAUCGCAGCUAAAUCUCAUUGUUAUUUGCUGUACCUCCAGCUUGGCCUCACCACACAACUCAUGCUGAACCCACUGCACUUCUUUCCCUCUGCGAUACGAAGGCAGCCUGUUCCCAAACCCAAGGUUCUCCUCCAACUGCGCUAUGGGGUAACGUUACACCUCAUAACCACCCAGCCCGACAGAACACGCUUUUCCCUGCGGGGCUCACCGCACGGAG